GCUGUGUCCUGUUUGUUCCUUUUUUAUUCCUUUAGCUGCUUCUCACAUGUUCUUACUUAGGGUUUUCUUCCAACAAUUUCUUUUCUCUGUUGUACACUAAAUGCAAUACAUUGCCCGAACUCCAGAUUCUCAAUUACCAUUAUCCAAUUCGCUACAUUCAUUGUUCAAUUUCUAAAUCCGGUCAUAAGAAUUUAAGGCGGUUUCGUAUUCGUACGACACCGAUUCGGGACUUUUCUUGGAUUUUCUUGGAUUUAGGGUUUUCGCCGAUUUAAUAUAUUCUUUAUUUGAUAGAGCACAGAUGCAAGGGAUUAAUCGAUCGGUGAGAGGUCAGAUAGACUGAAAGGGUGAGUCUGGGUUUUGUAUGGAAACUCGGAGUCGGAAGCGGGCGGAGGCUUCCUCAGCUGCCCCUUCAUCCUCGUCUACCUCUCGUUCCGCCAAGCGCUCUCGUCUUUCUUCUUCCUCUUCUUCGAUCCCGAACACCCCAACUGUUAAUACACGUUCUCGUUCGGCCAGGACUAACACCACCACAACAAAUUCCGUUUCUCUCAUGGACCCCACUAACGAAUCCUCCGGGUCAAGACGUGAUCGCCGUGGCAAGAAUUUGGAAAGGGACAAUUCGGACAAAGGGAAGGAGAAAGAACAGGAUGUUGGGAUUAGGGACGUAGAAAGAGAGCGAGCCUUGGCGUUGAACAUGGAGGGUGAAGGUGUUGGGGACGACGAUGAUAAUUAUAGUGACAGUGGUGUGCAUCGGAAUUUGACGUCUGCUAGUAGUGCCCUUCAAGGCCUUCUUCGGAAACUUGGUGCUGGUUUGGAUGAUCUGCUUCCUGCCACGGCUAUGAGUGGUUCUGCGUCCUCUUCUCAUCAGAGUGGUAGACUCAAGAAAAUUCUGGCUGGAUUGCGUGCUGACGGAGAAGAAGGUCGUCAGCUCGAGGCAUUGUCGCAGCUUUGUGACAUGCUUUCCAUUGGAACUGAAGAAUCCCUUAGUACAUUUUCCGUUGACUCGUUUGUUCCUGUGUUAGUGGGGUUGCUUAAUCAUGAGAGCAACCCCGAUGUUAUGCUACUUGCGGCCAGGGCGCUUACCCAUUUAUGCGACGUUCUUCCCUCAUCUAGUGCUGCUGUUGUGCAUUACGGGGCAGUGUCUAUAUUCUGUGCUAGACUGCUUACGAUAGAGUAUAUGGAUUUGGCUGAGCAGUCUCUUCAAGCGCUAAAGAAGAUUUCUCAGGAGCACCCAACUGCCUGUCUUCGAGCUGGAGCUCUGAUGGCUGUACUUUCUUACUUGGACUUCUUCUCAACAGGAGUUCAGCGAGUGGCAUUGUCUACUGCUGCAAAUAUGUGCAAAAAGCUUCCUCCUGAUGCAGCUGACUUUGUAAUGGAAGCUGUUCCUCUUUUGACAAACCUUCUUCAGUACCAUGACUCCAAGGUUCUGGAACAUGCCUCUGUUUGCCUGACUCGAAUAGCUGAAGCAUUUGCCUCAUCUCCAGACAAAUUAGAUGAAUUAUGCAAUCAUGGACUCGUAACACAAGCCGCCUCUCUCAUUUCUAAUAGCAGUUCCGGAGGUGGUCAGGCUUCUCUCAGCACUCCAACAUAUACCGGUCUGAUCCGCCUUCUUUCCACAUGUGCCAGUGGAUCCCCUCUUGGAGCCAAAACAUUGCUUCUCCUUGGAAUUAGUGGCAUUCUAAAAGAUAUACUAUCCGGUUCUGGUGUUUCUUCUAUCACCUCUUUUUCACCAGCAUUAAGUAGGCCGGCAGAUCAGAUAUUUGAGAUUGUGAAUCUGGCAAAUGAACUUCUGCCUCCAUUGCCACAUGGAACCAUUUCUCUUCCUGUCAGCUCCAACUUGUUUGUGAAAGGGUAUUUUGUGAAAAAAUGUCCUUCUGGCAGUUCCAGACAAGAAGACACCACCAACGGAAAUGUUCAUGAGAUAUCAGCUCGUGAGAAGUUAUUAAAUGAUCAGCCUGAGUUACUUCAGCAAUUUGGGAUGGAUCUCCUCCCAGUUUUAAUGCAGAUAUAUGGUGCCAGUGUCAAUGGUCCUGUUCGCCACAAAUGUCUUUCUGUCAUUGGAAAAUUGAUGUAUUUCAGCACAGCUGAGAUGAUCCAGUCUUUGUUGAGUGUAACAAAUAUAUCAAGUUUCUUAGCUGGUGUGUUAGCAUGGAAAGAUCCGCAUGUUUUGGUGCCUGCCUUGCAGAUUGCAGAAAUUCUUAUGGAAAAGCUUCCUGGAACAUUCUCUAAGAUGUUUGUCAGAGAAGGUGUGGUCCAUGCGGUUGACCAACUUAUUUUGGCUGGAAAUUCAACCAAUGUAUCUAUUCAAACAUCUGCUGAGAAGGAUAGUGAUUCUGUAUCUGGAACUCAUUCUCAGCCCAAACACUAUCGCCUGCGUAGUGGUAACUCAAACCCCGAUGCAAACUAUUUGGAUGAUUUGAUGAAGAGUCCAGUUCCAGUAAAUGUUGGUUUGCCAACAAGUUCCGUUGAAACUCCAACAACUGGUUCCAGUAUUCGGGAGUCUAUUAGCUCAGUUGCUAGAGGUUUUAAAGACAAGUACUUCCCUUCUGAUCCUGGGUCUAUUGAAGUGGGUGUUAGUGAUGAUCUUUUGCAUUUGAAAAAUCUCUGCACAAAGCUGAACACUUGUGUUGAUGAUCAAAAAACUAAGGCAAAGGGAAAAGUUAAAGCUUCUGGACCUGGUCUCAACGAAAAUUCUACUAACACAGAAGAAUAUUUAAUUGGGGUGAUAUCUGACAUGUUAAAGGAACUUGGCAAAGGUGAUGGUGUAUCUACUUUUGAAUUUAUUGGUAGUGGUGUUGUUGAAGCCUUGUUGAGUUAUUUAUCUUGUGGGUAUUUUGCAAAAGAUCGAAUGUCAGAAACCAGUCUCCCCAGACUUCGUGAACAGGCACUUGCAAGGUUCAAGUCAUUUGUUGAUAUUGCACUACCUUUGAGCAUUGAUAAUGGGGAUGUUGCUCCUAUGACUGUCUUGGUUCAGAAGCUUCAAAAUGCAUUGUCUUCCUUGGAACGCUUCCCUGUAAUGCUGAGUAAUUCUUCUCGUUCAUCUAGUGGGAGUGCACGUCUCUCCAGUGGACUAAGUGCAUUAUCUCAGCCCAUAAAGCUGCGUCUCUGUCGAGCACAGGGUGAAAAGUCACUUAAGGAUUAUUCUUCAAAUGUGGUACUUAUUGAUCCAUUAGCGAGUUUAGCAGCCAUUGAGGAAUUUCUGUGGACUCGUGUCCAGCGCAGUGAAUCUGGUCAAAAGUCUACUGUACCUGGUGACAAUUCUGAAUCUGGAACAGCUCCUGCAGGGGCAGGUGUUUCAUCUCCUUCCUCUUAUACUGCCACCACUACCCGUAGACAUGCAGCUAUGUACAGAUCAUCUUUUACUAUGGAAGAUACACCUACAAAAAAAACAUCUCAAGAUAAAAGCACAAGUUCAUCUAAGAGCAAGGGUAAAGCUGUAUUAAAGGCUGCACAGGAGGAAGCAAGAGGACCUCAGACCCGAAAUCGCAGAAGAGCAGCUCUAGAUAGAAAUGCUCAAAUGAAACCUGUAAAUGGCGAAUCAACUUCUGAGGAUGAAGAAUUGGAUAUAUCUCCUGUUGAAAUAGAUGAGGCUUUGGUGAUUGAAGAUGAUGAUAUUUCUGAUGAUGAGGAUGAAGACCAUGAAGAUGUGUUGAGGGAUGAUUCUCUUCCUGUCUGCUUGCCCGACAAAGUACAUGAUGUGAAAUUGGGUGACUCAGCCGAGGAGAGUACUGUUGCUACAGCAACAAGCGAUAGCCAGACUAUCGCAGCCUCAGGUUCUAGCAGCAAAGCUGUGACAGCCAGGGGAUCCGACUCUGCUGAUUUUAGGAGUGGGUAUUCAUCUAGCUCAAGGGGUGCAAUGUCAUUUGCUGCUGCUGCUAUGGCUGGACUAGGAUAUGCUAAUAGCAGAGGUUUCAGGGGUGGCAGAGAUAGGCAUGGCCGCCUGUUGUUUGGUACUUCUAAUGAUCCUCCAAAGUUAAUUUUUACUGCUGCUGGGAAGCAGCUUAAUAGGAAUUUGACUAUAUACCAGGCAAUUCAAAAACAGCUUGUGCUAGAUGAAGAUGACGAUGACAGAUUUGCUGGCAGUGACUAUGUAUCCAGUGAUGGAAGCAGUCUGUGGGGUGAUAUUUACACCAUCACUUAUCAAAGAGCAGAAAACCAGACAGAUAAGGCAUCUACUGGAGGAUCAAGUUCAAAUACUUCAAAACCUGCCAAAUCUUGCUCUGCCUCAAAUUCCAGCCCAGAAGCUAAGUUGCAUCAGACUUCUGUUUUAGACAGUAUAUUGUAUGGAGAAUUGCCGUGUGAUCUAGAGAAAUCUAACCCCACCUACAAUAUUUUGGCACUCCUGCGUGUGUUGGAGUGUUUGAACCAGCUUGCUCCUCGUUUGAGGGCUCAAAUGGUUUCUGAUAGCUUUGCUGAGGGUAAAAUCUCUAACUUUGAUCAGCUAGUUGUUACAACUGAUACUAGGGUUGUUCCGGAGGAAUUCAUUAGUGGUAAGCUUACUCCAAAAUUGGCUAGGCAAAUACAAGAUGCCCUAGCACUAUGCAGUGGUAGUCUUCCUUUAUGGUGUUAUCAGUUGACUAAAGCAUGCCCUUUCUUGUUUCCUUUUGAGACUCGACGACAGUACUUCUAUUCUACUGCAUUUGGGUUAUCUCGAGCACUGUAUCGACUUCAGCAGCAGCAAGGUGCUGAUGGUCAUGGAUCGACAACUGAGAGAGAGAUUAGAGUUGGGAGAUUACAGCGCCAAAAAGUUCGUGUCUCUCGAAACCGUGUCUUGGAUUCUGCUGCAAAAGUUAUGGAGAUGUAUUCUAGCCAAAAAGCGGUACUUGAAGUAGAAUAUUUUGGUGAAGUUGGCACUGGCCUGGGCCCAACCCUGGAGUUUUAUACAAUUCUAAGUCAUGAUUUACAAAAGGUUGGACUGCAAAUGUGGAGAUCCCAUUCUUCAAAUAAACAUGAAAUGGAAGUUGACGGGGAUGAAAAGAGAGAGCAUAGUGUAGGCUCUGGGCCUGAUUUGGCUGGAGAUAAAGAACUUGUUCUAGCUCCUAUGGGUUUGUUUCCUCGGCCAUGGCCUACAAAUUCUGAUGCAUCAGAGGGUAGUCCGUUUGCAAAAGUCAUUGAGUAUUUUCGGCUGCUCGGUCGUGUUAUGGCGAAAGCUCUUCAAGAUGGACGACUAUUGGAUCUGCCAUUGUCAGUGGCAUUCUAUAAGCUUGUUCUUGGUCAAGAUCUUGAUUUACAUGACAUUCUGUUCAUCGAUGCUGAGCUUGGGAAGACUUUGCAAGAGUUAAAAGCCCUUGUUCGUCGGAAACAUUAUGUAGAAUCUGUUGGUGGUAGCUGUACUGAUACCCUUUUUGACUUACAUUUUCAUGAUGCGCCAGUUGAAGAUCUGUGCUUAGAUUUUACACUUCCUGGUUUUCCUGAGUACACCUUGAAACCUGGAGAUGAAACUGUCGAUAUCAACAAUUUGGAGGAGUACAUAUCCUUGGUGGUUGAUGCAACAGUCAAGACUGGAAUCAUGCGGCAAAUAGAGGCAUUUAGAGCAGGGUUUAAUCAGGUUUUUGACAUCUCAUCUUUACAAAUUUUUACUCCUCAAGAACUAGACUACUUGCUUUGUGGCCGGAGGGAGUUGUGGGAGGCUGAGACACUUGCUGAUCAUAUAAAAUUUGACCAUGGGUACAAUGCAAAGAGCCCUCCAAUUGUUAAUUUACUUGAAAUUAUGGGGGAAUUCACCCCGGAGCAGCAGCGCGCCUUCUGUCAAUUUGUCACUGGUGCACCUAGGCUGCCACCUGGUGGGCUGGCAGUUCUAAAUCCAAAACUAACGAUUGUGAGGAAGCUUUCGUCAACUGCAGUUAAUACUUCAUCAAACGGGAAUGGACCUUCAGAAUCCGCGGACGAUGACUUGCCUAGUGUGAUGACAUGCGCUAAUUACCUGAAACUUCCUCCUUACUCUACCAAGGAAGUUAUGUACAAGAAGCUACUCUAUGCAAUCAGUGAAGGGCAGGGAUCCUUUGAUUUAUCAUGAGUUGUGGAACUAACCAAGCUUACCCUGUAUGUUAAUAUAGAUGGGUCAGGGUUUAAUUGAUUCUAUUAUUGAGUCUCAGUUAAGUCUUGGUUGGGAUUCAGGUUCCUCCUCGCUUCUCAAAUAAUAGUCUCGUUUUCCGUGCUCAGGUGAGUUUCCUUUUUCUGUCUGUUCUAUAAUAAUGAUGGCCCCGAUUCUUCCUUAUUUUUCAGAAACUUUUUAAAUUGCAGUCCAAUCGGGUGGCCACAUUUUCAAUGCGUAGGAUCAUUUACGGAGCUCUUAUUUAUUUUCACCUGUUAGAACUUGUAAAUAAAAUAGCAAUGAUGAAAUUUUGAUUCUUUUUUUUUUUUCCCUAUUCUGUUUGUAAGUCCAAUUAUUCGCAAUUAGCAUGUACCAAGAAAGGGCAAAGGGAAGAGAAAUAAUUUAAAAUAGUAUGCUUUAUUAUUACUUCUGCCA